AUGGCGAUGCUUCGAAGAGCAGAGCAGCCGUGGUGGAAUGUGUCGGAUGAGCGAAACAGCAGUGCCGAGGGGUCUGGUCCGGAUGACGAUGGCGAGCGGAACUACUACGCCAUGCUCUACUCCCUCCUCAUCCUGGCCAUCGUGUUCGGCAAUGUGCUGGUGUGCCUGGCCGUGCUGAGGGAGCGCUCCUUGCAGACCACCACUAACUACCUGGUGGUUAGUCUGGCCGUGGCAGACUUGUUAGUGGCCUCGCUCGUCAUGCCCUGGGCAGUCUACCUGGAGGUGGUCGGCGGCGCCUGGCUUUUCAGCCGCCUCUACUGUAACGUUUUCGUCACGCUGGAUGUGAUGAUGUGCACUGCCAGCAUUCUCAACCUCUGCGCCAUCAGCAUCGACAGGUACACAGCGGUGGUGAUGCCCGUGUUGUACAACACCACGCACCGCUCUCGCAAGAGAGUUUUCGCUAUGAUCGCCACCGUGUGGGUGCUGGCCUUUGCCGUGUCCUGUCCCUUGUUGUUCGGCUUCAACACCACAGACGACCCCAUGGUAUGUUCCAUCUCCAACCCUGACUUUGUGGUGUACUCGUCGGUGGUGUCCUUCUACUUGCCCUUUAUGGUCACGCUGUUGGUCUACAUCCGCAUCUACGUCUUCCUGCGUAUGAGGAGGAAGAGGAUCACCUUCAGCCAGGCCAGCGGGAAAGUGCAACCCGGAUCCAUGCCGCCAUCAGUGGAGACAUGUUUACAGGAUGACACGGCCAAAACCAACCACGACCUGUCACCUAUAAGGAUUAAUGUGCAGUGCGCGGAGCCUUCUGGUCCGUCCAAGUCCGACCUGCUGUCGGGAUGCCUGUGGCGCAAACGGCCCAAAACAGGACCAGUGGAGAACUCAGCACUGCCCCCUGUGGACUCGCAGAACUACUGCAGCAUAAGCCAUGCGUCCUGCGGCCGUACCGAGCUGGACGUGGAGCAGGAGCGCGAAAACGCAGCCCGGCCGGCGGAGAACAGCCGGCGUGCGGCGACCACCAGCAGCGAAGUGAGGGAUCUUUCCAACGGACGUGCGCACACCACGCUACGGCCACUCAACACCAACAACCAGAGGUUCAGGAGUAUGCAUGCGCGCGAGAAGAAGGCGACGCAAAUGUUGGCCAUCGUGCUCGGGGUGUUCCUCAUCUGUUGGCUGCCCUUUUUUGUCACGCACAUCCUCAACACACACUGCAGGACGUGCGCGGUCCCGCCACGCCUCUACAGCGCCUUCACCUGGCUGGGCUACGUCAACAGCGCCCUCAACCCCGUCAUAUACACCACUUUCAACGUGGAGUUCCGCAGGGCCUUCAUCAAGAUCCUCAGCUGCUGA